UAAAGGGAAGAGAAACUUGAAUGUGAUGGGGAUGAGAGGGGCAUAUAUUGAAUUCACAGCUGAUUCAACCAUCAUCAUAACAGCUCUUGCCACACCUGAUGAUGGUGCUCCUCAUGAAGACCCAACUCAGCCAACUCUGCCUUCAGAAAACGAAGCAGCACAGAGCACUGAAGGCAUCACACAUUUCACUGAUGCCCCUGGGGCUCCAGUUCUCCUUGGGCUGGAUCCCGCCAGUACAGAUGAAGCUGGUGAGGAAUCUCUGCUCACAAAUACCAUCACAGACUCCAGUGCUGUUCUGAAACCAGAAGAUGUAACCCAAGAAGUGUGGACACCUCGAGUCAUUGACACAGCACUUGCCACACCUGAUGAUGGUGCUCCUCAUGAAGACCCAACUCAGCCAACUCUGCCUUCAGAAAACAAAGCAGCACAGAGCACUGAAGGCAUCACACAUUCCACUGAUGCCCCUGGGGAUCCAGUUCUCCUUGGGCUGGAUCCCGCCAGUACAGAUGAAGCUGGUGAGGAAUCUCUGCUCACAAGUACCAUCGCAGUGUCCACAGAUGUUUUCCACCCAGAAGAAGCAACCAGCAGGCCCCUGGCACCCAGCACUCAGCCUGGAAGUGAAAGUGGACAAGCAAAUGCCACAGAUGGCUCUCAUGUCAGUUUGAUACCUGGAGUUUUUCCAGACAUUAAUGAUCAUCUUAACCCAUUACCGACUCAUCUUUCCACUA